AUGUCUGCCGGGGGCGAACACCUCAAGGAUGAGGGCACACCGCGCCAGGUCGUCCUGGCCGGUGGGAUCGCCGGGCUGGUAUCGCGAUUCUGUAUCGCCCCCCUCGACGUCGUCAAAAUCCGCCUCCAGCUCCAAAUCCACUCCCUCUCCGACCCAGCCUCCCACCACAACAUCCAAGGACCAGUCUACAAGGGCACUUUCUCCACCCUGAGAUCCAUCCUCAAACAUGAAGGGAUAACCGCCCUCUGGAAAGGCAACAUCCCCGCCGAACUAAUGUACAUAACCUACGGCGCCACCCAAUUCACAACCUACCGCACAGUAACCCACCUCCUCCAAACACACUCCCCGCGCCCGCUCCCCCCGCCCCUCGAGUCCUUCCUCGCAGGCGCAACAGCCGGCGGCCUCGCAACAGCAACGACCUACCCGCUCGAUCUCCUCCGCACGCGCUUCGCAGCAGCCGGCCCCGACCGCAUCUACAGCUCGCUCGCGACAUCCAUACGCGACAUCGUCCAGCACGAGGGGGCGCGGGGUCUAUUCCGGGGAUGUAGCGCUGCGAUCGCGCAGAUCGUGCCGUACAUGGGACUCUUUUUCGCGACGUAUGAGUCGUUGAGGCCGAUCGUUGGGUCGGGGGGGUGGGGUGGGUCCGGGGAUGCGGUUGCGGGGGUGGUGGCUAGUGUUUUGGCGAAGACGGGCGUGUUCCCGUUGGAUUUGGUCAGGAAGAGACUGCAGGUGCAGGGCCCGACGCGCGGGUUGUAUGUGCAUCGGAAUAUUCCGGAGUAUCGGGGGGUUGGGGCGACGAUUGCGGUUAUUGUGCGCACGCAGGGGGUGAGGGGGUUGUAUCGCGGGUUGGUGGUCAGUUUGGUGAAGGCUGCGCCGGCGAGUGCGGUGACGAUGUGGACGUACGAGAUGGCGUUGAAGCAGCUGCGGGAGAUGGGGAUUGCCGACACGUGA